AUGAGCGACAGACCACCAGGAACCAGUCCCGCUAGUGAUUCCGCCAAUGGAUUCACUACCACCACCCUUGGGAAUGCAGGGACCACUGCGGGGUCGGCAAAGGCCACUUCACCCGAUCAACCCAGUCGAGCUGCCACGACCUCGCCUGUCAAGGACACGUCUGGUCCUCCUUCAGUGACUAAUGGCAAUGGCACAGUUCCUAAUGCUUCUUCACCAGGGCUCGGAACAACUCGUUCGACCAUACCAGCAUUCUCGACUUCAAAAACCCUUUAUAGUGCGCCUUAUGAUACACCUGGCAUGCGCAUGUCGGUGUCGGCCGUAUUGGCUGGUAGUGGUCGAGACUCGACGUUUUAUCGAGGUGUAUCGUUCUCCCCUUCACCACGACCAGCAACAACAGCAACAACUAGCCAACAACAUCCCAUAUCACCGCCAGCAUCGUCAUCAUCGUUGUCGUCACUGCCACCACCGCCAAACUACGAUAAAUCAUCGAUGCUCAAAGAUGACAAGGCAUUGACCAAUGAACAGUUGGUACGUGCAUUAACAUCGGUACCUCUUUCCGGUUCAGCAGGCGGUGGUGGUAACACCAACAAAGCAUCGUCAUCACCGACGUCGUUGUCCUCAUCGUCGGCAACAACCGAUGCAAAAUCGCAAAAGAUAGGAAAUGCUCUAGCAGCUGUUGCAGCCACUGUUGCACAAAGAACACCUGUCCCAUCAUCAUCAUCAUCAUCAUUGUCGUCGUCUUCUUUAGCAAUACCAUCUACUACAACACCAGCUCCGACAACUGGUGGUUCCUCUGUAGCAGGAGCAGGAGGAAAUCAGAAGAGUAGCAAUAGCAAUAGUACGCCUCCAACAGCAACAGCGGCGGCAGUGACAGCCAUCGGUAAUCUGGCAGCAAAUAUCAGCACUCUUCUGCAAGCUACUACUGCUACAAAUGGGAACCAGCAGCAGCAGCAGCAACAACAUCAUCAUAGUCCGCAAGCACACCACCACCAACAAUCAUCCACUACAGAAAGACGACGUUCGAGCGCAUUACAGCUGACGCAAAUGCUGGAUCAAGCGAUACUACUUGGUGUACAGAAUAACAGCAACAAGAGCCCGGUACAAGAUACAGUAACCGGACAAGGACAUGCGUACGAUGCAUCGCCGUUAAAGCUCAAGGGCAAACCCAGUGGUUCUAAAGAGGAAAAGGCAAAGGAAGAAAUCAAAAGACUGCAACGGACAGUAAGAAGUGAUAAAACAUGGGAAAAGCUACAAGGACUGACGGAGAGACGACUUGGCUCUUAUCUUUAUUCGCCCGGAAUGUUGCUUCCGAUCAACGAAUCACAAUUGAACGGACUAGUGGAGGUGGUGAUACCUGCAAGAUACCUGACAUAUGAGAACCCGCAAGUCAAACGAAAAGCUGUAUGGGGCACGGACAUUUAUACAGACGAUUCUGACAUUGUGCCAAUAUUCAAAGGCUUAUGGGAUUACACAAAAGCGCUCAACCAGACUUUUAUAGUGAUUGUUCAUUCUGGCAAAUACGAAAUGACAUUUGUGGAACCUGACAUUGAUCCACGCGACCCGUUCUUUUUGGCACUCGGUGCUGGUGCAGCCGACGUGAUGAUGCAAGGGGACUAUUACAAGAGAAAUGGCAACAAAAGGUUGCGGCCGGGGGAGACUAGGGAUGAUGUGGUACCCGAUCAUGAUUUAAAAGUGACGCUUCGUGUGAUGCCAACGCUUAAACGGUACACUGGCACCAUCCGGCACUAUAUUGCGUCAAGGACAUGGAGUGGGAACCAUGAUGGUGCAAGUUAUUGGGUCGAGCAGGUGGAGAAGAUCCAGCUCGACCAAGAGGAAGAGGAGCCUGCAUCUCCUGCACCCAGUGCGUUCAAGAGAUCAAAGUCAAAACCCAAAAAGAAGGUCAGAGUUGUGUCGCCGCCACCCCGUCCUGCUGCUGCUGCUGUUGCUGAGCAACCCGCGUCACCUGCUCCGUACACGACUAGCCGUCGGCGUGCACGGCGCACAGCUGCCAAGGUAGGAUGA